AUGCUCCGAACCCUCCCCCGUGCCCGUGCUGCCCUCCGCCCCCGAGCCUUCGCCCCUCUCCCCCGCACAUCCCUAAUCAGGAACUAUGCCGUCGCUGCCCCAGCAGUCGGCUCUUACUCCCAGGUAGACGGCGAGCCCACUCUCAACUCUCCCUCCGAGCUCGCCAGGAAGAUCUCUUCCCAGGUUCUGCCAAAGCUCGAGAAGCCUGAUGUGAAGAAGGUUUUGGUUGUUGGCAGUGGUGGUCUCUCCAUCGGCCAGGCUGGAGAAUUUGACUACUCUGGAUCCCAGGCUAUCAAGGCUCUCCGAGAGUCAAAUAUCGAGACUAUCCUCAUCAACCCCAACAUUGCUACCAUCCAAACAUCACACCACCUUGCCUCUGAAAUCUAUUUCCUCCCCGUCACGCCCGACUAUGUCGCGUACGUGCUCGAAAAGGAGCGCCCAGACGGUAUCCUCCUGACCUUUGGUGGCCAGUCCGCCUUGAACGUCGGUGUGCAGCUCGAAAAGAUGGGUGUCCUUGAGCGAUUGGGCGUUAAGGUGCUCGGUACGCCUAUCAGGACUUUGGAGGUCUCUGAAGACCGAGACUUGUUUGUCCAGGCCUUGAACGAAAUCGAUAUCCCCGCUGCUCAAUCGACCGCCGUGUCGACCGUCCAGGCCGCGUUGGAUGCGGCUGCCGAGAUUGGCUACCCCAUCAUCCUCCGAUCGGCGUUCUCGCUUGGUGGUUUGGGAUCCGGUUUCGCGCAUAAUGCUGAAGAGCUGGAAAACUUGGCGUCCAAGUCGCUUUCGCUCUCACCCCAAGUGUUGAUUGAAAAGUCCUUGAAGGGCUGGAAGGAGGUCGAGUACGAGGUCGUCCGUGAUGCUGCCGACAACACCAUCAUUUGCUGCAACAUGGAAAACUUUGACCCCCUCGGUACGCACACUGGUGACUCUAUCGUCGUUGCCCCCUCCCAAACUCUCUCCGACGACGAGUACCACAUGCUCCGAUCUGCCGCCAUCAAGAUCGUCCGACACGUCGGUGUCGUCGGUGAAUGCAACGUCCAGUACGCCUUGGACCCCAACAGCAAAGACUACAGGGUUAUCGAGAUGAAUGCCCGUCUCUCUCGAUCCUCUGCCCUUGCUUCCAAGGCUACCGGUUACCCCCUUGCCUACACUGCCGCCAAGAUUGCCCUUGGCCACACCCUCCCUGAACUCCCCAACGCCGUCACAAAGUCCACCACCGCGUGCUUUGAGCCUUCCCUCGACUACAUUGUCACCAAGAUUCCCAAGUGGGACUUGGCCAAGUUCCAGCACGUCGAGAGGAACGUCGGCUCUGCGAUGAAAUCGGUCGGUGAAGUCAUGGCUAUCGGUAGGACCUUUGAAGAGUCGCUCCAAAAGGCUAUCAGGCAGGUCGACCCCAACUUCUGUGGGUUCGACGCCUACUGGAAGCCCGAGGACAUGACUACUGCCUUGACGGAGAACAAUGACCGACGACUGUUUGCCAUUGCUCACGCGAUGCUCAACCUCGACUACUCUGUGGACAAGCUUCACGACCUCACCAAGAUUGACAAGUGGUACCUGUACAAGCUUGAAAACAUUUCCAACGUCUACAAGACUCUCCAAAACACUCCCUUUGAGAAGAUUGAUAAGGACCUUUUCACCACUGCCAAGAAGACUGGUUUCAGUGACUUGCACAUCUCCCAGUUGGUUAAUGUCAAGGAGGACGAGGUGCGAGCUGCCCGAAAGGCCGCUGGCGUGACUCCCUUUGUCAAGCGAAUCGACACUCUUGCUGCCGAGUUCCCCGCCUACACCAACUACCUCUACACCACCUACAAUGCCUCUACCCACGACCUCGAGUUUGAGGAGAAUGGCACUAUGGUCCUCGGUUCCGGUGUCUACCGAAUCGGUUCUUCCGUCGAGUUUGACUGGUGUGCCGUCACCUGCUCUCGAGCUAUCCGAUCUCAGGGCAAGAAGACCAUCAUGAUCAACUACAACCCCGAGACUGUGUCUACCGACUUUGACGAGGCCGACAGGCUCUACUUUGAAGAGCUCGGAUGGGAGCGAGUCAUGGACAUUUACGAGCUUGAGGGCGCCGAAGGUGUCGUCGUCUCUGUCGGUGGUCAGCUUCCCCAGAACAUUGCCCUCCGACUCAAAAAGUCUGGCGUCAACGUUCUCGGUACCGACCCCGAGCAGAUUGACAAUGCCGAGGACCGACACAAGUUCUCUUCCAUCCUCGACUCUAUCGGUGUCGACCAGCCCGCUUGGACUGAGGCUACCUCCCUCCAGGCCGCCAAGGACUUUGCCGCCCAGGUCAACUACCCCGUCCUUAUCCGACCCUCUUACGUCCUGUCUGGUGCUGCCAUGAACGUCGUCUGGGACGAGGGAGAGCUCGAGGCCAAGCUCACUGCCGCCGCUGACGUCUCUCCUCUCCACCCGGUCGUCAUCUCCCAGUUCAUCGACAAUGCCCAGGAAAUCGACAUUGACGCUGUUGCCCACCAGGGCAAGCUCCUCGUCCACGCCGUUUCCGAGCACGUCGAGAACGCUGGUGUCCACUCUGGUGAUGCCACCCUCGUCCUCCCUCCCUUCUCCCUCAAGGAGAGGGACAUGGAGAGGCUCAAGGAGAUUGCCGAAAAGGUCGCCAAGGCUUUCGACAUUUCCGGUCCUUACAACAUGCAGAUCAUCAGGAAGCCCGAGGAGAAUGGUCAAGAGGCCGAGUUGAAGGUUAUCGAGUGUAACCUCCGAGCGAGUAGGAGUUUCCCCUUCGUCUCCAAGGUUCUCGGUAAGAACUUUAUCGAUGUUGCCGCUGCUGCCAUCACCGGCACCAACGUCCCCGAGCCCAUCGACUUGAUGAAGGAGCAGCGAGACUAUGUCGCCAUCAAGGUGCCCCAGUUCUCCUGGACCCGAUUGCCCGGUGCCGACCCCUUCCUCGGUGUCGAGAUGGCCUCCACUGGUGAGGUCGCCUCCUUCGGUAAGGACGUAUACGAAGCCUACUGGGCCGCGCUCCUCUCCGUCAACGGCUUCAAGCUCCCCAAAGUCAAUUCCGGUAUUUUGCUCGGUGGUGACAUUACCCGAGCCGAGCUUCCUUCCAUUGCCAACAACUUGAUCAGCUUGGGCUUCAAGCUGUACACUUACGACCCCAGGGUCGAGGAGUUCAUCAACCAACAACCGUACUUGGCGAUCAAGAAGAUCUUUGUCCCUGUCAAGGACAAGAGAAAGUUGAGGGAGGUGUUGGAGGAAAACGAGAUCUCUUGUGUGAUCAACGUUUCCAGGUCUAGGGCUGCUACCACCGCCGACGAGGACUACGCCUCCAGGAGGGCCGCUGUCGACUUUGGCAUUCCCCUUAUCAACAACGCCAAGCUCGCCGUGCUCUUCACCGAGACUCUCAAACAAAAGUUCCACCAAUCACCCUUGCCUUACGUUGAGGGUACCAAUCCCCCAGAAGUCAGGUCUUGGAGGGAGUUUGUUGGUGAGGAGAGGGCUUACUAA